GGGCAAUUUAGUAAUUUAUCAUUUGAAUAAUUUUAUUAGGCUCCGAGGGCAUAUUCGUCCCGAAACAUUUGAUAAACCCGCCGCUGCCGGCCUUCUCUUUCUCCACUUCCGCCCAUCCCCAACUGCGAUUCUGCGAACAGAAUGCCGAUCUCUGGAAGCGAUCUCCUUCAAGAUCAGAACGCCGGCGGAAGCGAUUCCGACUCUAAUACCGACGAAUCGCCGGAAUUUUACGAGCCAAUCUCUGUCAUCGAUGUUGAUGACGACGACGACGACGAAGAUUCUGAUCGGGUCAACUCAGAUGAGGAUCACCAGCAUCUCGCCUCUAAUUUUCACACGUUCCCGAACGGCUACGCUCGCGGAGCUGAGAACAGAAUAUCGGCCCUGGAUCUAAACGACGGCGAAGAAGAGGAUGAGGAGGAGGAGAGGAUGAGGGAAGCUUCAGAUUCAGCGAUUCGCAGGGCCUUCAGAGAGGACGAGAGCCGCCGGAACGCUCCUCUGACGCCUGAGAACGCGGAGAGGGUGAGGGAGGCGAUGCGCGGAGUCGUGUUUCCUGUUGAACUGUGUCCUGAGUGGGCGCGUCAAGUCCCGGAGGAUCGGUGGGUUGAUCGGCUUAGGAGAUUGAGGCAGCCGCCUCAUUCUGCAACUUGAAUACGCAACUGAGAAAAGCUAAUCCCCAGCAAGGGAGAGAGGGUUUCUCUAUGUGUUUUGGUUUUCAUCUUUGCUUUUGUCUGCGUAAUGUUUAGUGAAAUUCCUGAAAGACCAUCAUAUUGUUUUUGUCUUUGAUCUAAUUUCAUAAUCCCCAAGUUCAAUGCAAUUUUUAUUAAUUAAAUUUUUUAUUUAAAA